GGAGAAACUGUCCUUCAUAAAAUGUGCAGGAGCAACAAUGUCAAAAAGCUGACUGAACAACUCGGGCUUCCUGGGGUCAACAUUAAUGCGAAAGACAAUGCUGGCUGGACGCCUUUGCAUGAAGCUUGUAACCAUGGCAGCACAGAAUGUGUCCGUGAAAUUUUGCAGCGCUGCCCAGAAGUAGACCUGCUCAGUCAUGUGGAUGGUGUGACUCCCUUACAUGAUGCUCUACAAAACAGACACAUUGAUAUUGGCAAAAUACUACUUCAGUAUGGGGGACCAGUACUUUUGCAGCAGAUUGAUUGUUUUGGGAACUUUCCAUUGGAUUAUGUCUAUUCACCACAUCUGAAAAAUGAACUUUUUGAAAUCGUCCAGGUGGAGGAAACGAUUGAGGAGUUUCACAAUAAGGCUGUUUUAAAAUCUGAAGGCCAUAAACUAGAGUUUGGCGCCUUUCUCCUAACAAGAAUGUUAUUCAAUUUCAUUUGUCUUUAUGGCCUGCCUUCAGAUCUUGGUACUGCCAAGAUAAUUUGCCCUAAUUCUGCUUUAUUGUUCAGUUAUACUAAAAAAAACACCUUCCUCAUUCAGUAACUCUAUGGUAGAGUGCUAUAUUGAGGCUGUAGCUACUAUGCAUAAUUUGAGUGAUUUUUUACAGUCUGUUCCAGAAUCUUUGUUGCAGAACCCUGGUUUCAAUGUGCAAGUGCUGUUCACUUUCCUACGCACCAUGGCCUCAUGUUCCUCAGUUCCUAUAAAGGAAUAA